AUGUCGUCAAUAAUACAAUCAACUGAACUAAAUGAUUUGAAUACUUUACCAAUUGAAUUACCUGAAAUAAAUCUUAGAUGGGACAAUAUAUCUGUUGUUAUCGAUAAAACAUCAGGUCGAUGUGCACUUGAUAACGUUAGUGGAUAUGCUCGUCCUGGUCGUAUUCUCGCUCUUAUGGGACCAUCAAGUUCUGGAAAAACAACUUUAAUUAAUAUAUUAAGUGGUCGACCAUUAAGUCGACAAUUAACAUUUGAUUCUAAUAAAGGAUAUAUAUAUAUUAAUAAACAAAAAAUAACUGAUAAUCAUAUAUUAGUUGAACAAUGUGGUUAUGUUGAACAACCAAAUGAAUUAGGACCACUUAUUGAAUCAAUAACUGUUCGUGAACAUCUUGUUUUUCAAGCAAUGUUGCGACUGCCGGUAACUGUCAGUGAUACUGAACGAUACAAUCGAAUAAAUUUUCUAAUAAAAAAAUUACGUUUAACAAAUUGUGAAAAUACUAUUAUAAAACGUUUAUCUGGUGGUGAAGCCCGACGAGUAUCUUUAGUUUCAUGUCUGUUAACUAAUCCAUCAAUACUAUUAAUUGACGAUUUAAAUAGUGGAUUAGAUUCUCAUCUUGCUUUAUCACUUAUGAAUCAUAUACGUUCAUUAAAUAAAACAGCAAUUGUAGUUUUACAUCAACCAUCAAUUCGUCUUAUGAAACAUAUCGAUGAUAUUUGUUUAUUAGGAUUGAAUGGUCGAAUGCUGUAUGCUGGACCCUAUGCAAAUGCUUUAUCAGUUUUUUAUACUCGAUGUCCAAAUGAUAUAAAUCCAGCAGAUUUUUUUCUUGAACAAGCAGCUAAUGCUCGACCAACAAAUCCUGUUGUAAAAGCAAUUAAAUGUGAAACUAUUUUACAAGAACAACUAGAUGUAAUAAGAAAAACUACUGAUGAUAAUGCGUUACUAUUACAUAAAUCUAACGUUUCAUAUCAUUCAAAUUUUUUUCGACAAAUCUAUUGGUUAUUAUGGCGUUCAUUAUCAUUUCGUGAUGUCAAACGUCUUGCUUAUCUUCUUGCACAAUCACUUGCUAUUGCUGUUAUAUAUGGUUUACUUGAUUUUGGUGUUGAACGACAUUUAGCUAAUCAAACAACUGUUCAAAAUGUAGCUGGCCUUGUUUUCCGUAUUUUAACUAUAGUAACUCGAGUCUGUUCUCUUCUCGUUAUUGCUACUUCACCUAUUGACCAUGAUUUACUUAAACGAGAAUCAAAACAACAAGAAUUAUAUUCAAUUCUUGCUUAUUAUACAUCGAAAUGUAUAGCUGAUUCACCUAUAUUUAUUGUUAUGGUGUUCUUUUUUUCUAUUAUCGUUACUGCAUUAACUGGCCUUAGACAUUUUUUUCGACAAUGUGCUGUUUUUGUUCUAGCAACUUUAUGUAGUACAGCAUUAGGUUGUUUAGUUAGUGCAUCAAUGCGUGAAAAAGAUACACGUUUAAUUAUAUGGAUGCCUAUAUCACAAAUUAUUUCAACUGUAAGUGGAUUUUAUAUUAAUACAAGAUCAAUACCAUAUAUGUUAAAAUGGAUUCAAUAUUUAUCAUUAUAUUAUUAUAGUUUUAGUUUAUCAUUAAUUUGUCAAUGGGAAGAUGUCGAUUAUAUAGCAUGUGGAUCAACUAGUUGGAAUACAACAAAUGUUAAAUGUAAUAAUGAUGGUGAUGAUGUUCUAUUUUCAUAUAAUAUUAAAAAAGAUGAUGAAUCAUUUUAUUGGCGGAUGUUAUUGACUUUGACUAUUCUAUUUCAUGUUGUUUCUUAUCUUGUAAUUUUAAUCAAAUUAAAACGAUAA